GCCGCGGCGCGAGUGGGGCCCUCUCUCGAGUGCACCAGAGCUGAGUCUCAGCACGAGACCGCGAGAAACCGCUGACCGCCCGUAACUGCUCACCUCAUACCGGCGCCGCAAACGGAAAGAGUCAAAGACGAAGAAAAGACAUAGAGGUGUAGAAAAGCGCCCUUUCUCUCGAGCGUGCAGGAGGUUUUUGUGGGUCGCUAGCUGUUCGGCUAGCCGCAGCAGUGUGUGAAUAGCAUAGCACAAGCUUUUGUAAUCCACAGCCGGCCACACACACUUAAACACACACACAAUACAAAGCGGGCCAGGAUACCAAACGUCCGGACGGAAUAAAAUAAUUACCUGAGGAGAGAGUCGGGACCGGCGGAGACAGGGGCUGGUUCUGAGGGGUGAGGCCGCAGGACCAGACUCAAUGAGUUUCCAGCGAAAUGUCAGAGAAGUCAGGGCAGAGCACCAAGGCAAAGGAUGGCAAGACCAAGUAUGCAACCCUUAGCCUCUUCAACACAUACAAGGGCAAGUCUCUGGAGACCCAGAAAACUGCAGUUGCUGCCAGACAUGGGCUCCAAAGUCUGGGCAAAGUUGCGGCCAGUCGGCGCAUGCCCCCUCCGGCCAACCUGCCCAGCCUGAAAGCAGAAAACAAGGGCAACGAUCCGAACGUUAGCAUCGUACCCAAGGACGGCAGCGGGUGGGCCUCCAGACAGGAUCAGCCAGGAGAGGAACGACAACAAGAGACUCCUCCACCACAGCCCAAGCCAGUUGUUACCCAGACCACCGAUGCCCCUGCGGGAGGUAGCCGCUCCUGGGCCAACAGCAAACAAUCUGGACAGCUAGAAGGAGCUCCACGGAUGAGCAGUCAGUUCCAUCAGGAGUUUCCGAGUUUGCAGGCAGCGGGUGAUGCAGAAAAACCAGGCGAGCAGGAAGAUGAGCCCUAUGGACCGGGCCCAAGCCUCAGGCCUCAAAAUGUGGGUAGUUGGCGAGAGGGUGGAGGCAGGAACCUAAACGUUGUUCCCAGCUCUUCAGAGACGGACAGCAAGCCCUCCGAGGAGUCCGCAGUGGGUAGAGGCACACCAUCUCCCUCAGGAGACUCUGAUGAGGCAGGCAAACCCUCGGUUGGGGAGGGCAGAGAAAAGCGAGAUGCCAGAGACAGGCUCCCUCCUGCUGGUCCUCAGCAUAAACUCAAUGGUGGGCAGCAGCCACCUGGAGGCAUGGCAUCAGAGUUCCAUGCUCAGUUUAGGAGCAUGAUGCCACCAUAUAUGUUCAAUGCUUACCCUCGAGUGCCGUUUUCUUCUGUACAAGGCACUGUAAGAUAUUCUGGACAACAGGAAAUGUCAAAGGGUCUGCGGCCUGGUGGAAGAUCAUCACAGCCUCCUCAGACAUGGCUGAAGGAUCCAGAUCGGCCAUCAAUCAUUAGUGCCACUGAAUUAAAAGAGCUAGACAAUCUGGACACUGAGGCAGAUGAAGGCUGGGCAGGUGCCCAGAUGGAAGUUGACUAUACUGAGAAACUAAAUUUUAGUGAUGAUGAGGAAAACCACACAGCUAAAGAUAAAGGAGAUAACUGGGAAUGGAUGGCUAAAGUGGAACGUAUGCGGUCAAGAAACGCUGAUGCCCAGGACAGAUGGAAAGUGGAAGGAAGAUCUGACAGCAAAAGCUCAUGGGCAGAGAGUGGAGACCCAAGGGCCUCUUCCCCAGGCAACAUUGGCCAUUAUAGCAAGACUGCACCUCACCAGGAACAACAGGGGCAAACAGCUUCACGUUCUAUGGGAAGUGGUGGUACACGUGUUGCAAAGCAACCCACUCCAGCAUCCUCUACCGGUGAGGAGGAAACAGAGGCAUGGAGACAAAAACGAAAGAAGCAGUCAGAACUUUCAGAGGCUGUGGAACGUGCUCGCAAGCGACGUGAUGAGGAAGAGCGCCGUAUGGAGGAACAGAGACUCGCUGCCUGCAAAGAGAAACUCAAACAGCUAGAAGAGAAGCGACGACCUUCUACGACUAUAGAAACUACUAAACCAACUGUGCAAACUUACAGUGAUCACCAUGAAGUGACUGAAACUGUGCCUAUACUACCUGCUGAAACUCCUCCCCCUCAGCCGCCACCUCCGUCUGUGCAGCAACCUUGCCUGCCUAUGCCGACUCACGAAAGGACCGAGUCCAGUGUGGAGGAGGUGCCACAGUUUGUUCCUCGACAACCUAGCCCUCCAGUCCACAGGAUUGCUCCUGAACCCCAAAGCAAAGUGGAUACUGCUGUAACGGAGGAAGGACAUAGGCAGGUGGAGAGACAACCAAUGAGAGACUACUUCAGUGCAGAGGAGACCAGAGUUGAGGAGCCUCAGCUCUCUCUGUCCAGAUUGGAUCACUCUGCUGCUGAAGAUGCAGCUCUUCCUCAACUGGAAAAUGAAGGAGACACGGGGGCUGCUGUUCGUCCUUCGAUCACCUCUGGAUAUUCCAAACAGUUCCAGAAGUCUUUGCCUCCCAGAUUUCUCAGACAACAGGAACAGCUCAAACAACAGCAGUGGCAGCAACAGCAACAACAGCAGCAGCAACAACAACAACAUCAACAACAUCAACAGCAGCAGCAGCAGCAGCAGCAGCAGGGUGGUGGAGGUCCAGUCUCCCCCUCUGGGGGUUCUGUUCCACCUCAGCACAGAUCCCUCUACCAACCUCUUGGCCCCCACCACCAACACCUUGCCUCGAUGGGCUUUGACCCACGCUGGCUUAUGAUGCAAUCAUACAUGGACCCCCGUAUGAUGUCUGGACGACCACCAAUAGAUAUGCCUCCAAUGCAUCCUGGGAGAAUGCCUCCAAAGCAACUAGUACGACGAGAGCCCACAGAAAACAGCAGCUCUGGAUCGGACUCAUUUGAUCAUCUAACCCGACCAAUCCGUGAACAUGGUAUUCCAAGUGAACCUCGAAUGGUCUGGGGUUCUGAUCCUUAUCUCCAGACAGAGCCCCUGUCCUCUACAACUGCUAAAGGACGAGAUGAUGGAAAGGAGUCAAGACUGGAUGCUGGUCUGGAGCUGGACAGAGGACUCUCAAGUGUCUACCCUCAGGACCAUAGCCCACUGGAGCCCCGGGGCAAAAGCGACUUCUUUAGGGAUUCAUCUGAGCCCUUGUCUGCGUUUAGUCAUGUUUCUGAAGAGGUACCUGGUCUGCUUCAGACUGAUAGAGUGCCACUCAUCUCUUCCUUUGAGCCAGAGGAGAUUCCCCUGUCUGCUACAGAGGAGGUCGAAGCCAUUGGACACGCUGUACUGAAAAGGAGUGUCUCUCAAGGCUCCAGUCAUUCUCUAAAGCUGGAGGAGCCUAGAUUUGAAGGUCUUACCAUAGCACAGAAAAGCCAGGACUUUCCUGAGACUGUAGAAAGGCCAGAGGACAAAUCCAGAAAAGAGACAUUUGGUCAAGGGCCUGUGAUAAACAACCGCUCUACCCCCCCUGUGACUAAUGAUGUUGUACACAAAACAGAAAAAAUGAUCUUACCCAGCAAGCAGAAAUCUGAGAUCCGCUGGGGAUCCCGUGGGACAGGAGGCGGGAGAAGAGAUGGACCCGGAGGGGAUCGUCCGGUUAGGAGAUCUGGACCUAUUAAGAAACCUGUUUUGCGAGACAUGAAGGAAGAGAGGGAAAAAAGAAGAGAGAAAGAGCAGCAUGAACGUGGUGAGCGAACGAAAAAGGAUGGUGGUCCCCCGAAAGGUGCCCCUUCAGGUGCUACAGAGACAUCAGAUGUGCAGAAGCAGCCUGGAGAGUGGAAGAAGGGAGCGGUCGUAGCUGAGGUGCUAGCGACUGCUGGUGUAGCAAAAUCCAAAGAUCUUCAGACAGCAGCUGGUUCUGCAGCCGCAACAGCUGGAGAUGAAAAACCAGACAAGCCUACUUUAAGCGACAAACGUCCUGAACCCAAACUACCAUCUCGAAGAGAGUCCAACUUCCCUCCCAGAGCUCACCGCAGAGAGGAGAGAGAGCGAGAACGGGACAGGGAGAGGGACAGAGACAGAGAGAGGGACAGAGACAGAGACAGAGACAGAGAAACAGACCGAGAUAAGGAUUGGCCCUCAGACCCCAAUUUUAAAGCCCGUGGUAGGGGAGAGUACUAUUCCCGUGGCCGGAGUUACAGAGGCAGCUAUGGUGGGAGGGGCCGAGGUAGUCGUGGCCGGAGUCGAGGGGACUAUCCUUACAGGGAGCCACGGUCACGCCAGGAUUUGCCAUUAAGUGCCACUGCUGGUUUCCGCUGUCGCGAAGAGAGUGAGACACGCAGCGAGAGCUCAGACUUUGAAGUGCUACCCAAGCGCAGACGUAGACGAGGCUCAGACACGGACUCUGAAAGUGAAGGAAGAGAAUCUGCCAGUGACACCGGGGCGUCGGACCGUGAGCCCAGCAACAAACCAAGCCGGCCGAUUCGAAGUGAGCUGCCAGAAUCCCGCUCCUCUAAAUCUGCCUCAGGAUUACCGGGUGCACAUUUAUCCGAAAAAUCAGCACCACGCGAUGAGGAGGGCAGACCGAAACCAGGGUUUCUGUUAAAGGGUGAGACUGCACGCCGGGGCAAGGGAGGCUUGUACGGCAGGAGAGGGGGUGGCAGGGAACGGGGCAGCCACCGACCUACUCCAUUUCGUCGGGCCCCUGUCAAAGACGGCUCCCAGUGGCCAUCCAAACCAAUGGAGAUCUUCCGGCCAGAGGAAGCAGACAACUUGCGUACCGACAGCACAACCUCAGAGCGACGUCACACCAAAUAUGAAAACAAGAAAAUGGGAGAGGGUUGUUCGCAAGGCAUCAGAGAGAGACCAAGGAGACCACGAGCGGCACGUCCUCCCAGACAAGACAAACCUCCACGAUUUCGAAGACUUAAGGAACGCGAGGCAGCAGUCAUCACUGAAGAAGCUACGUCUAGCGUGUCAGGACCCACAUCUAUCUCCCCAACAUUGUCUAAAGCUCCAGGAACUCUCGUCACGUUGCCUGAAGGAGGGACUGAUCCCAGUGCAGCACCUUCUUUCACUUCUGAUGUGAGUCCCGCUGAGCUUCCUGCCUCAGAUGUGGUACUUCCUGAAGCAGGAGCCGCCACGAUAGUUGCUGCAGGCAGCAAAUCACCUGACUUGUCUAAUCAGAACUCUUCCGACCAGGCUAAUGAGGAGUGGGAGACGGCCUCUGAGAGCAGUGACUUUAAUGAAAGGCGAGAGCGAGAAGACCGAAAGCAACUUGAAGCGACUGUGACUGCAUCCACUUCUGGUUCAUACGCACCAGCACAGGUCUGUGGGCCGCCAAACAAGUUAUCCACUGAAGGUGUGCCAAUCCCAAAACGAGAAUUGUCUACGGUAGCCAAAAGGAGCUUCUCUAGUCAGCGGCCUGUGGAUCGACAGAACCGACGGGGAAAUAGCGGACCCAAAGCGGGUCGGGGGUAUGCUGGAGCCAAAGGCGAGAGAAGGGGAGGAUCUGGAGCCAAAUCCGGACGGAGAGGUGCUCCUGGGCAGAAUGGUGAGGCUACUCAGGCCGGUACUGGUCAGAAGACUGGGAAAGAAUCGGCACCCAGUCGCAGGAGAGAGGAAGCAAAGCAAGCUGUCAAAAAACCCAAAGAGAAGGAAAACGCUCUGUCUCAGUUUGAUCUCAACAACUAUGCCAGCGUGGUGAUCAUUGACGACCAUCCCGAAGUCACAACACUGGAAGACCCUCAGUCAAAUAUGAACGAUGAUGGGUUCACAGAGGUUGUUUCACGGAAACAGCAAAAACGGCUACAGGAUGAAGAAAGGAGGAAGAAAGAAGAGCAAACUGCACAGAACUGGUCUAAAAAGGGCUCUGGUGAGAAGGGUAGAGGCGGCGGUUCCAAACUGCCUCCACGGUUUGCCAAGAGGCAGCAACAGCAGCAAGGAAUGGCAGCGACACAGCAGCAACCUUCAGCCCCCGCUGCACAGACCCCAUCUGUCCCCCAGCAGCCUCAACCCCAGCCUGCCAUCGCUGUGUCACAACACAAUCUGUCUGCCUCCAAUCAGAGCACCAGCUCACCACAGCCACUAGAUGGUGCUGUAGCACCUCUGCCCCCUGCUUCUUUAGACUUCCCUACCAAGAUCCAGACACACAACACACUCGGUACGGAACUGUGGGAGAAUAAGGUGGCUGGCUCCACCGUUCUCUCUGAUGUGAAGAAACUCGGACCUAUCAGCCCUCCCCAGCCUCCCUCGGUUAGUGCCUGGAACAAACCUCUCACUUCAUUUACAGGGACUGUUACACCUGAGGGUGUUAAAACUGGCACAGAAAGUGGGCUUGAGCUUGGCAUAGACAGCAUCCAGUUUGGAGCUCCCUCUUCUGCAGGCAGCACUGACAGUGAUGGUGUUCCUGUCCUGCUUGAGAACACCUCUGACAAUAAACUACCUGAACCCAAAGAGCAGAGACAGAAGCAGCCUCGUGCUGGACCUGUCAAACCUCAGAAGUUGCCUGAAAUCCUUCCUUUGGAGCACAAGGAAUAUAAACCUGGUCCUAUUGGAAAAGAACGUUCACUCAAGAACCGUAAGGCUGCCAAAGAUGUGCGUCAGUCUGAUGGAGAGGGUCUGGAUAAAAGCUGUUCUGGUGGUGGUAGAGACAGAGAUUCCAACUCGCCCAUUAAAGACAAGGUUCCUGAGCUGGGUGGGGACAUUGAGGGCAUGAUCACUGCUCCAUCAGCAGAAUACUCCAGCAGCUCUAAGGAAUCGGUGACCGACUACACAAUUCCGUCCUCCUCAUUGGCUGACAAUGUUGCCACUGCAGGACCCAAGAUAGAGGAGAGCCUUGUGACACCUGUGCCACUUUCUCAUUCGUUGCCUCUUCCACGGAGAGAAGCCUUACAGCAGGCCUCCAGUCUCACCACGGUGUCACCUGCUACUGUAGACCUCACACUUAAAAUGGAGUCAGCACGUAAGGCGUGGGAAAACUCUCCCAAUCUCGGAGAGAAGAGCAUUCCUGUCACUUCCUCUGCUUCCCCCAUCACCAGUGGAGGAGGAGCAGGCAGUGCCUCCUUCAGCUCCUUCUCCAGUGCUUCUGUUCCUCAGAUACCUGUGGCUUCUGUCACCCCCAGCACCUCACUUUCUGGGUCUGCAACCUACACAACGUCUUCUCUCAGCACAAAGAGCACAUCAGCAUCUGACCCACCCAACAUCUGUAAGGUGAAGCCCCAGCAGCUGCAGAGUUCAGGGAUGUCCAGCACUAGCUUCUCACAGCUGGGCUGUGCUCCAUCUCUAUUGCCUCAACAACAGCAGACCCCACAGGUGUUCGUAUCCCAGUCUGCAGCAGGUUCUGCAGCUCAAAUCCCAGCUUUCUACAUGGACACCAGUCACUUGUUCAGUUCCCCUCACCCUCGCUUAGCUCCUACGUCUAUGGCCCAGCAACAAGGAUAUCAGCCUGGUCUCUCACAGGCUGCAGCAGUGCAACAGAUCCCCAUUCCUAUCUAUGCUCCCCUACAAGGGCAGCACCAGCACCAGGCCCAACUGGGACUGAACACUGGACCUCCUGUGUCUCAACCUCAAGACCUAUUCAGUUCAUCCUUACAGAACUACAGGUCCCAGCAGGCAUUCAUGCAAAACAGCCUCUCCCAGACAUCCCCCAUGAUGCUGUCCGGGACGCCGCUGCACAGUUACCCCGGUGUUCAGCCCCCAGAACUAGGUAAGCCUCAGUCCAACAUGGCUUUCCAGCAGACCUCAAACACUCAACACAUCCCCAUCCUAUUUGAACCUCACAUGAACCAGCCCUCUGGCAUCGGAAGUUCACAGCUGAUAGACACUCACCUGCUGCAGCGUCAGGGAAUGAGUCAGCACUCAAAUCUGUACUCUGGACCGGCAGCGGUCCAGCAGCAAAACAGCUAUUACAGCUCAACACAGAGUGCCAGCUCUGCAAUGCAGCAGGUGACCGUUUCUGUACCGGGUUCACAGUUGUCUUUGCCCAACUUUGGCUCUGGUGGUGGUCAGCCUCUCUUGACUUUGCCUCAGUCCCUGGGUCCAACCCCUCCCCAAGCCCCGCCCCCAAGCCUCAACCGCCAGCACCCCAGCAAUCAAUCCUACCGCGGCCUCAUUGGCCAGAAUACACACAGCAUGAUGCAGCCUUCCAAUAAGAUGUGCGAGAUGGAUUUGAAACUCUUCAGUGGUGGAAUGGAUGUGAAACCUGGAACUCCCCCCAUCAGCGCAAGAAGCACUACUCCCACCUCUAGUCCAUAUAGGGCAAGUUCGACAAGCCCCAUCAGUCAAUCCAGCAAGAUGAACAGCAUGCUGUAUCCCAAACAGUUCCAGUCCGGAUCUGUAGGAAUGCGCAUUGCCCAGCACUUCCCAGGACAGUUUAACCCACAGAUGUUGUCUCAGGCCAACUUGGUGUCUCCACUGGUGCGUUCAGCCCAUUCAAACUCUUUUCCCGGAGGGGUACAGCGUUCAGUCAUGGGUCCACCUAUGUCUCCUAACCUGAGCGGAGGGCUGAUGCCCCACCCUAGACCCCAACACCCUCCACGUGGACCUUCUGGUCCCCCUUUAGCGCCCCGUGGCACACAGGCUGCCCUGAAAGCGGAACAAGACCUUAAGGCUAAACAGAGAGCUGAGGUGUUGCAGGCCACUCACAAGUUCUUCUCUGAGCAGCAACAGCUGAAGGCUCCAGUCAGCAAGCCCACGCGCAUGGAAGUGGCAGGCAAACCCACUGACAGCGUCUCCUCGAACCACCAGGGGGCGCCAUCCGACCGCACCGAAUCUGACAAACCUGCACCUAUAGCAACAACCAAACCCAUCCGGACGGGUCCAAUCAAACCACAGGCCAUCAAACCAGAAGAGAGCAAAUAGUGCUAACUGCUACAGAAAGGACACAUAGAUGGAGGGAUGCACUGAGAGGCCUGAUGCACGAGGGCGAUGUUCUACAGCACCUGAAGUGACAGUAAAGUUUAGAGAGAGAGAGAGAAAAGUUAGUUGCGAGGUGCUGUGCAUUUCUCUCACAUUUACUGUGCCCCUUUUCCUAAUUAUUUUAUCAGUCCAUCCAUACUCUCCUCCACUGGGGUUGGCAUUAAGGUGAAGUGCCCCUCCAUUGUGUGAAUCUCUAGUGAACAAUGAAGGUAGACAUCAUGAAUCACACUUGCUGCUGAGAAUGCCAUUUUUAUAACAAAAUUAUUUACUUUUCCUCUUCACCUAUUUCCAUGUAGAAACACAUUUUAGGAAGGCUGAUGUUUCCUUUUUUGAUUUAAAGACAUUUUUGUUGUUCCUUGAUUCCUCAAGCAACACACACUUUGAUGGGAUGUGAUGAAAUGUUCAAGCACACUCACGCAUAUCAUUAUCGUGUGCACAUCUGCAUCGAUGUAUUUGAUUUUGUUUAUAGUUUCACCACAACCGCAUGUAUUGGCCUUAACAAUACAUAUGACAUCAUUUCACCGGAUUAGGACUCUAUUACGGACGUAUCCGACACAGUCUCCACUGUGAGCCUUUCUCCCUGCCUUCUCAGUAGUCUAUGCCUGCAAGAAUUGAAGGUUGUGUGCGUUUGUGCAUGUGCACAAGAUCCUUUAGCCAAACGUUAGGCAUCGAGAGACCCCAAUCCUUUUAGAUGAAUAUAUAUGAUUUUGACAAAAAGAUGGCUCCGCUUGGUCGACAUUGGUCGAUUGGUAGAAUUAUGAUGGGAUAUUUUCUUUUCGUAAACUGUUCCUCCAGACCAGGCCUAUGUUUGAUGUGUCCUAAGUGUAAGCCCCUCCCCUUUUCUGUGACUUUGGAUGUAGACAUGCCCACUUUUCAAACCAACUUCGGUCUUUCACCUUCCAGUCUCUCCACAAAGGUCCCAACCAUGCUGCUGACCAGCUCUGACUCUCCUGACCAAUCACUGCAGAGGAGGGGCGGGCUUUGGGUUGGGGCGAGUGGUCAAGCAAUUUAGGUUCAGUACUAAAGAGUUUAGAACGACGACGUACGUUCAUUUCGAGGCAGCCAGACUUUAGGGGUUUGGGACAGGAUUGAUUUACAGGUAUUGAGGUUGACAAAUGUCUGAGCAAAAGGACUACUGUUUUGGUGACCACGGGCCUCUGUAGGCCUUUCUCCAAACCACUCCUCUUGGGCCGCUAUUACAAAGAUAGAAAGGGGCCCACAAGUGAACAGGGGUGUCAGUAAGGCCCCCCUCAUUUUGUGUUUGUUUAGUAUAAACGAACUACAAGCAGAAGGGGAGGAGAGGGAGUUGAUUUCUUUUUCUUUUCGUAUUUUGUUUUACUUGUACAGGGGUGAAAUCGCUGUAUUAAAAUAUGUAAGGUCUUAUUUACAUUCUCCUGGUUUGGUUACAGAAACUAAUAAAAUAAUAUGCUGUUAAA